AUGGAUAUAAUUUUUAAUUGUAUAUUUAGGGGACUUCUUUUUUUGUGGAUACUAUCUCUUUAUUUAGAUGUAUUUAUAUAUGAUUCCAAUAAUACAUUGAAUAGUUUUAAAGUUAGUUUUGUAGAGGCUACUCAUUCUUUAAAUGGAGUAAUAAAAUAUCCAAGAGAUUAUCCUAAUAGCAGCAUAGUAAAUUCUAUUGGUGAUAGAGAAUUUAUUAAACCUUUUGGAGAUUUUGCUAAAUAUCGUUUUGUUACAUUAAGAAAUAAGAUGCAAGUAUUUUUAGUUUCAAAUCCGAAUUAUAAUAAUUCUUUUGUAACCAUGGGUGUUCGUGUAGGUAGUUAUAUGGAUCCAAAGGAAAUGUCAGGAUUAUCUACUUUAUUGAAAGAUGUAUUAAUGGCUGAUGAGAGUGAAGUGGAAGAUCAAGAUAAAUUUAUAAAUUAUUUGUUAGAUAAUAAUGGUUUAUAUGAAGAUAAGAUAAAUUACUUAAAUACAGAAUAUACUUUUACAAUUCAAUCUAAAAAAUUAGAGAAUGCGUUGAAAUUAUUUAGUAACCUGUUUAAAUUUCCUAAAUUUAAAGAGACUACAGUUCAAAAUCAGAUAAACCAUUCAGAAUUAUUUAAAAGAAGUGAUAAUGAUAAAGAAUAUAAAUUAGAAAAUCUUUUAAAUACUCUUGCAACUCAAUAUAAAGGACAGAAUGAGACAUUUUUUUCACAUUAUGAAUAUCUUAAACAAUUGAAUAAUAAAGAUGAUAAUCUUUAUUUGGAAUUAGUUAAAUUUUAUAAAGAGAACUAUAGUGCUAAUUUGAUGGUAUUAUGUAUCAUAUCAGAUGAUUCUCUUGAUAAGCUUGAAAGUUAUGCUGUAAAAUUAUUUACAGAUAUUCCAAAUUUAAAUCAAACUUGGAUAAAUAGUUAUGAUAUAUUUUAUGGAAAUAAUCAUCCAUAUAGUAAUUUAACUCAAAAGAUUAUUGAGAUGAAAAGUAUAGAUAGUGAUAUUAAUGAAUUAUCUAUAUUUUUCCCAAUAGAUAAUCAAGAUGGUAAUUGGAGAUAUAAAUUUGCAAAUUAUAUUUCAUUUUUACUUACUUCUUCAGGAAAUCAUGAUUUAAGAUCUAAAUUAAUUUCUAGAGGGUGGGUUACCAAAUUUACAACAGAAGUUAGAAAAAAUUCUAAUGGAGUUACAAAUUUUGUUAUAAUGAUUCAAUUACCUCAUAAAGGUGAUAAUAAUAUAUUGAGGAUUCUUGAGGCUUUAUUUUCGACUUUUGAAGUGAUUCGAAUAUAUCCAAUGGAUGAUUUAAUAUGGGAACAUAUUCGAGUUGCAACCGAAGUUACAUUCCAAAAUAAAUUAAGUUUAAAAGGUAAAAUGAGAGCAAGUGAUAUUACUCAGACUUAUAUGGAUACAGGCUGUUCACCAGAAAAAGUUUUACAAGCUCCUUUUAGUAUGAGUUAUGUAGAUUAUGUGGAAUUUCAUAAAUUUUUGGACUUUUUUAUCCCUAAAAAUAUGUUUUUAGUUUUAUCUAACUCAAAGUUUAGUAAAAGUGGAAGUUCUUUAUUAUUAAGUAAUAAUUCAUUAUAUGAAGGUAUUUGGGGAAGUAUUGCUAGACAUUUUAGAAUAUUUGGAAUGUCAAUAGGAAAUUUAUUUAUAAAAAAGAAAGUAGGGAUUUUUCCUUUCUUCAAUAUACAACCCUAUAUUCAUACUGAAUAUUUAGUUGAUGAAAUUCCAGAAAGGAUUAUAAAUAAUCUUAGUGAUAUAACAGAUUCACCAGCAAAAAAAUUACUUAAGAUUGAAUUAGGUCCAGAUUUUUUGGGAAAUUUAGAUUUAACUUUACAUACUGUAAAUAUUACAAAACAAGAUCAUCCUAUUCUUUUAUCAGAUAUUUUGGCUAAAUAUAUAUCAAUAGAAGAAAAGGUUGGAAAAAAUUCUUCUGAAUAUGAUUCAAUAAAAUCUGGAAAUUUAACAGCUAUAGAUAUAUCUCCAUUUGCUUCAAAUAUAUAUUACAUGCCUAGUGGUAGUAGAAAUCCAUAUAUUUAUGCUAAAAUUAAUUUUGAUUUUGAAAAAGUUGAUUUAGAUAUUAAAAAUAUUAAAUUUAGUAAUAUUCCAAGAUUAAUUGUACUAAACUAUUUAUUUCAGCAUGCAUUCUAUGCAUAUAUUAGGCCAGUAUUACGUGAUUAUAUUAUUUUAAAUGAAUAUAAAACUAUUUAUGAUAUUAAUACAAUGAAACUUGGUAUUAGAUUUGAUAUAUUUGAAUAUUCUUCUGCCUUUCCAAAUAUAUUUAAUGAAUUAGUUAAGUCAUUGGCUAAUCCUCAUGAUUUUAUAAAAUCUUCAUAUAUUUCACUAGCUAAAAGAGAUUUUAAAUUAAUGAUUCAGAAAUUGGCUAAUCAAAGUAGUAAACAUAUCUCUAUUUCUAUUAUAUCACAAGUUUUGUCUAAAGAUCCUCUUACUUUUGAUAUGUUAAUUAAAGAAGAACGAAGUAUUAAAUAUAUAGACAUUUUAGAAUAUGUAAUGGUUUUGCUUAAAUAUGCAUCACUUAAAGGUAUUGUUAUAGGUAAUUGUACACCUAUACAAGUAAAUUAUUAUUUAAAUAGAUUCUCUACAUUACUUAAUAAUAAUAUUUAUACAACAAAUCCUGGUAUAACUGAACAUCUUAAAUAUAUAGGACCAACAAAAUCUAAAAUAAUUAAUAUGAUGUAUUUACCAUCUUCUCAUCAUUUUACUUAUGUAUUUGAAAAAAGUAAGUAUGGUUCUAAUCAAGUUAAUGUCAUUCUUCAAUUAGGUCCCAAUAAUGUAGAGAAUAAUGCAAUAAAUGCCUUAAUCAAACAAAUAGAGUUUCAUGAAGCUUUUGUUCAAUAUGUAUCAAAUAAUUCGUCAUAUAUUACAUUAUUUGAUUAUUCUAGUAUUUAUGCAUCAUCAAUAUGUACCUAUAAUUUUGUUUUUAUGUCUAAUGUGUAUAAUAUUAAGGAAAUUGUCAAUAUUAUUCAGGGAUUCUUUGAUAAAUUCUUAGUUGAAUUAUCCCCACUUGUUGAGUUAAAGAAAUAUAAAAAAGCAAAAUAUUCUACAAUAGCAAAUCUUUCAAAUUUUGAGAGACAAACUUUGGGGGCAAUGAAACUUCAUUAUGUUCCAAUUAUUGAAAAUAAUAGCCCAGUUAAUUGGCAAAAAAUGGAAACCAGUUAUCUUGAAAAAUUAUCUCAAGAUGAAUUUUUGGAAGUAUGGAAAAAAUUUAUUAAUUCCCCAAGAUUAAUGGUUGCUAUUCAAAUAGAUAACAUUAAUAAUAAAUCAAUGAAGGAAAUUUCUGAAUUUACACCUCCAGGUUACAGAAAAUUAACAAACAAUAGUGAACUAUUUGAUUUAUUUAAAGAUAGACAAUAUAAUUAA